ACAGCGCUCCUUACCGUUUUGUCAGUCCAGAGAGGAAAAAAUAAUGCUUCCUAGAGCUUUGACCAGAGUAGUCAGGAUCCCUUCUGUGUGGAGACAAAUAGUACACAACCAUCAGGUUCACUGUGGAAGGACUGCAGCAUUGAGAGGUAGAUCUAGCUGCUCGAUUGUUAACUUCUCAACUGCAAAAUACAAGAUCAACUUAUGUGGUCAUCGCUCUCGGUAUCAGAGCGACACUAACUCCAGACUGGGUCUUUUGCUUGGAGGUUUUCUCGGCCUUUUUGGUUUCCAUGACGAGAAAGACGAGGAAGGGAAAGUUCCUCAGUCAGUGAAACGUGAGCUUCUCAAAGCACAAAAAGCUCACUCCAAUGGUGACUACUCUACAGCCGACCAAUGCUAUCACAGCGCCCUGCACUUGCUCAGCUCUACUGAGCAUGCCCAGAAUCAGACCUACCUUGAGGCCAAGGCCGUUACCAUGGAUAAGUUGGCUAAUCUGUACUUGGAGCAAAAGAAGUAUAGACAGGCAGAAGCCACUUUCAAGGAGACUCUACGACUCAUCGUCACAGCAACUGGAUCAGAAAAUGGAACGGAUGAGCAGGAGGCAAUGAUAGAGAUAUCGCUAAAGCUCUCAAAGAUUUACGCAAAUCAAACAAGAUACAAAGAAGCGGACAUCGGCUUUCAGUGGUGUGUAGAGAGUGCAAAGAAAUGCUUGGACGAGAACAGAACAAAAGAUCACCUUGCUCUGCUGGGUAUAUGCUAUGAGAGCCAAGGCAAGUAUCUCAUGAUGAUUGGAAAGUCUCAAGAUUCUCUCUUAGCUUAUGGAGAGGCCAAGAAGAUUGCUGCAGAGCUGUUCAAGAAGAAUAGCUUACAGUAUGCCACUUUGCUUACCGAUGAGGCAGCUGCCUUUCUCAGCCUCGGACAACCCGCACAAGCAGAGCAGCUGCUCCAGGAGAGCCUGCACAUCAUGGAGACUCUGAGUGGAUCUCAAGCAGCUCAGAACAUGGCAGUGACCAGCUACAACCUCGCUAUGGUGCUAGCAAUGAAAGACACUACUGACCCGAAAACAGAGAUUUAUCUGAGAAAAAGCAUUUCCCUCCUGGAGGCACUCAAAGACGAAGCAAUGUUAGAAGACUUAGAGCUGUACUAUUACACGCUGGGAACUGUCCUUAUUAGUCAAGGUAGAGUAGAAGAGGCAAGAAGAGCUCUGAAAAAAGCCAAGGUCAUAGCGAGCAAGACGGGAAACAGCGUAUUAUUAGAACACAUUCUGCAAGCAAUAAAUUCACAAACACAAAAUUGUCAGUAGACAUAAUUAUUAUACAAGUCAAUCCUGUUAAAAUGGCAGGCCUGUGUAUGUAAACAAUGCAUAAUUAUAGUUAAGUGCCCCAG